AUGUCUGAAUCAGAAAUAAAACCAACUAAAGCAUUCAUCGCCGCGGUAGAUGAGGCGCUAGGAUCAACCAAUCCUCGUAAAUCCCUUGAACAAGUGUCAAAUGAGUUUGGACAAUUUUGGUGUAAAAAACUUGGAAUUGGCGGAAGCAUUUUAUAUGAAAUAAAAGAAGAAUUUAUUGUGGAUGAAAAUAAAAACUCUAAAAAUAUAGAAGGAAAAAUUGAAGUUGGUAUCGGAGGAACAGUUGGGAAAAGUGAAGAAACAAAUCAGAUGAAUACAGUGAAUAACAAAUACUCAUAUUUUCAAAUUCGUGGUGGUUCGGACAAGCUUUUUUAUGAACAAGGCCUGAAGGGAUGGAUUGCGUCCUUAGAAAAUGAUGAAACGUGGGAGGUGGCUGUAUAUUAUCCUGAUAUCCAGUCGAUAUUCGAUAUCCUUGGCGACGAAAGACGAGCAAAGGUAGCAGCAGCUUUGGGAAAACAAAUCAUUGAUUCUCAAGUUGUACAAUUUAACUUCAGAAUGGAUAUUUCCAAACCGCAUCCUUAUAUAUACGAAAUUCCGAAACAAUAUGCUUUAUCGAAUUGCCAAUUUUUUGUUACCGAAAUGAAAGAUGAUGACAAAUCGGAUACAAUAUUUGCUUCUCGAGUUCAUUAUAUUAGUAGUGAAGAACCACCGAUAAUUAUAUUACAUCGACUUGGAUCACUGAAUAAAAAACAAAAAUUACGAACAUUUUCGAUAAAAUUAGGUAGGAUCGUGCUUGGAACAUCUACCAUGUUGCCACAAAAACUCGUUUUCAAGAGUGGGGAAACACAAAUCACAGCGAAGAAUGAAUAUUGUUCAGUAGUUAUUCCCUCGCAUGAGCUGGAUCCAAAUGAAAGUCUAUUGGCCACUUAUGUUUCAAGAUCUAAAGGGUUACAAGACAACUAUAAAAAGUCCAUAUAUGUAACGAGAUCUCAUUUCGUUUAUAACAAUGAAGAUAAUGCUAUUCAUGCUUGUGCUUUUUGUUAUGAUCUCGAAAACCAAAAACUAUUCUACCAGUUGAAUAAUUUACAGGCAACUUUUUUAAUAAAUUACAGUGUGAUUUCCGGGAGUCAAAUUGAUGAACUCGGCCAAGCACAAAUUAAGCUCAUUAAACCUUUUUACCAGACAGCUACUCAGAGACAUAAGAUCGAGCUCGACAGCUAUUGUGGCUUAACAAAACCAUGUUUACAGAGUCCUAUUUUCGUCUGCUUAGUCCUGGAUAAAUGCCCAAAAGUGUGUCCACAUGGAGUAUUUAAUAUCACACCAAAUUACGCGGAGUUUAUGUCUAUUGACUCUUUAAGCACGAAUUGGGAAAAUAGACGAAUUGCAUAUUUUCGUGCUCCAAUUUGGGUUAACGAGAUUGAUGUUUAA